GGAACCAAGUGCCUGAUCUCACAUUUUCUAAAAUGGCGGAUAUGAAAUGAAGAAUAAUUACUAUUUUGAACUUUUAACGUUAUACAAGUGAAACCAUAGAGAAAUUCCGCAAGAAAUUGGCAUUUUGUGAUCCAAUGGUUACGAAAUGCAGCAUGUAGUGAGUCUUAAAACAAAGUCAGAUGUUUUCCAAGGUGGUGAUAGAUCUGGAAGUUCAAGUAUAACAGGAGGGGACGAAGAUAUCUCCAGAUUGGUAGAAUGUAUGGCGCUCAAUUCUUCAACUACUAGUGAAGAAGAAGGCUCCGAAGUGUCAGAAAUCGAUUCCUUCUUGAUUGAGGGAGUGUCCGGUAGCGAGGGAGGGAGUGAGGGCGGGGAACCUGAAUAUUUACUCCCUAGAACUCCACCACUCUCACCAGAGGGCGCAGGAGAACCUGUAGAUCCUGAAACCCAGGUAGCUCGUCUAGAGGCGUUACUUGAAGCCGCUGGUAUAUCCAAACUAGCGGAAAGCAAGCAGUUAGCGGACCCUGACGUACUCAAGAGGUUGACCUCAUCUGUCAGCUCUGCUCUUGACGAAGCUGCUGCUGCUCUUACACGCAUGCGCAUUGACCCAUCCCAAGGAGACGGUACUAGCCUAGUCGCUGCUUGCUCACAGGGUGAUAUAUCUCGAGUUCGUCGGCUGCUAGACGAAGGUCGAGUUUCUGUAAACGAGACUACUGAAGAAGGAGAAUCCUUACUGUCCCUCGCUUGUAGUGCUGGGUAUUACGAGCUUGCUCAGGUUUUACUCGCAAUGCGGGCAAACGUAGAAGAUCGUGGAAUGAAGGGAGACUGCACCCCGUUGAUGGAGGCGGCUAGUGCCGGUCACACAGAUAUAGUCAGGUUGUUGAUCGCACAUGGAGCUGAUGUGAACGCACAGUCUAGCAGUGGUAACACCCCCCUCAUGUAUGCUUGCGCUGGUGGCCAUGAAGAGGUUGUUCGUGUACUUCUUGAAGCUGGGGCCAACGUAGAGGAUCAUAAUGAGAACGGACACACGCCGCUCAUGGAGGCGGCCUCCGCUGGACAUUGUGGUGUGGCCAAAAUUUUGCUUGAAUUUGGUGCUGGCAUUAAUACCCACAGCAACGAAUUCAAGGAAUCCGCCCUUACUCUGGCCUGCUAUAAAGGCCACCUAGAGAUGGUUCGGUUCCUUUUGGAUGCAGGUGCUGACCAGGAGCACAAGACGGAUGAAAUGCACACCGCUCUCAUGGAGGCAAGCAUGGAUGGACACGUGGAGGUGGCACGGCUACUUCUCGACUCAGGGGCUCAGGUGAAUAUGCCCGCUGACAGCUUCGAAUCUCCCCUGACACUCGCCGCGUGUGGAGGUCACGUUGAGCUGGCGAUGUUGCUGCUGGAGCGAGGGGCGAACAUCGAGGAGGUCAAUGACGAAGGAUAUACACCCUUGAUGGAGGCGAGUAGAGAAGGACAUGAGGAAAUGGUUGCACUACUCCUUAGUCAAGGCGCGGAUAUAAACGCGCAGACUGAGGAGACUCAAGAGACUGCGCUCACGCUCGCGUGCUGUGGAGGUUUCUUAGAGGUUGCAGAUUUCCUUAUCAAGGCUGGAGCUGAUCUGGAAUUGGGGGCAUCAACUCCUCUAAUGGAAGCGAGUCAAGAGGGUCACCUUGAACUAGUCCGAUACUUACUGGAGGCCAGAGCUGAUGUUAAUGCUACUACUGGUACCGGAGACACCGCACUGACCUACGCCUGUGAGAAUGGACACACUGAUGUUGCCAACCUUCUCCUCCAGUUUGGUGCUCAGCUAGAGCAUGAGAGCGAGGGGGGAAGGACACCACUUAUGAAGGCUGCACGCGCCGGUCAUCUGUGUACAGUGCAGUUCCUAAUCUCAAAUGGUGCAGACGUAAGUCGACAAACCUCAAACAACGAUCAUACCCCGCUCUCCCUUGCCUGCGCUGGAGGACAUCUUAACGUAGUUGAAGUGCUCCUUCAGCAGGGGGCAGAUCCCUUUCACAAACUCAAGGAUAACUCUACUAUGCUAAUAGAAGCCGCCAAGGGCGGACAUACAACUGUAGUUCAGAUGCUGAUUGAUUAUCCAAACUCAUUGGUUGCACCAACAGCUCUAGACGCAAGUAUGGACGCUGUACUCCAAAUCUCAGGGUCGGAGCAGGAGCGUGUUCCGCCCCGGGGGAGUGAGAUAGCGUCUCCACCCAUCAGGAUUCCCUUCCGGGGAACCAGGAAGGGCGGAGCACCUCAUACCACCACCCCCCUGCAGUACCCGGUGACGGGUAAGGUUGGUCCUGAGUCUGGAUAUGAUAUUCUGGAAGGUUCUGCAGGUUACCUUCUAGAGGAUCUAGAGAGAAAAGGUUUAGAUGCUAAGUCCUAUAUCCAAACCAUGCUACGUCGGACCGAGGGAAGUACUAAGGAAGAACAGAUCAUCCAGAAGGAGCAGAUCCUUCUUGAGCUACAGAGGGUAGAAAAGGAGCUUCAGGAGAAGGCGCAUGCUCAGUCGCUGAUGAGUAGUGAACCUCAGGGUGGUGGAGGAGGACGGAAUAACAAGCGUGAAGCUGGAGAAGGAAGAGAAGGGGAAGUACGAGACUGUGAUGUACGUGAGGUUGGAGAAGGUGCUGCUCAAGAGGAUCUUCUUUCUCCUUUAUCUUUUCCUAUAUCCUUAGAACAGCAGAAUCCUGCUAAUACAGAGGUGAUACAGAACAUGAGUAAUCAGCUAAGUCUGAAUGGACGAAGUCUGGCUACUCUGCCCCCCAGUGAACGUCCUAAAGCGAAAGCUUCCAGGAAGAUUGAUGGGAAAAACGGGAAGAAAUCACAACUUCAAGCCGCCUUGCAGCAGCAUUCUCAACAACUUGCGCAACUUCAACAGCUGCAGCAGCUAAACCAGCAGCUGCAGCAGCAGGUCGUUCAACAGCGCCAGCUGAAGCAGCAAAAUCAGCAGACUUUAGCUGCUCUCCAGCAGAACGCUAUUGCAAACCAGCAGCAGCUUGCUCAGCUGCAGCAGAAUGUAGCUCAGCUUCAACAGCUUGAGCAAACUAUUCUAGCUCAGCAGACCACUGCUCACCAGAAGCAACACCAGCACCUUCAGCAACGUGUUCAGCAGAUUAUGCAGCAGAAGCAACAACUUCAGCAUCAGAUCAAGCAAUUCCAGCAACAAGUUGAACAGCAAUUAGCCUUCACGCAGCAUGCGGGACCCCUUCCGCCCUUAGCGAUCGGUGGUCCUCCGCCUUUACCCUCCGGACCUCCGCCCCCGCCACCAGGAAGCAAGAAGAGGUUGAGUCGGGAUGGCGGAGAUGGUGAGGCGGAUACCGGAGAGGACUCCAUCCUUAGCUCGGACCUAAACUAUAUCAUUAAUGGUGACCCUUUUCUAUCCUCAGGUGUCACUACUGGUAUAGACCCGUCCUUGCUGACUAGCGCCGCCUUUGAACUGGUUCAGGCCAGUCAAGCACUUCAAGCAGUUCAGGCAGUUCCACCACUCAUACAUCCAGACUCACCUCCUAUGAUGACACCUCUCACGCAGGAUCCGAGUCUUUUAACAAACAUUGACCCUGUCCAGCUAGCAGCUGCAGUCCAGCAUUGUCCUAUACCGCUAGAUGGUUCUUUACAGGUUCCCAUGACCCCCCUGUCCUGGCAGGAGCACGAAUUGUACUCCCACCAGCUGCAGGUUGCAACCUCUGGAGGUGUGAGUGUACAGUAUAGUUCUGGCCUUCCUGUACUCUCCAACCAAACUCUAGAUUGUGGUCAACAUCCUCAACCUAUCUCAGGGUUUGGACAUGACCUUUUCCUGAACACCAACCUGGCCUGUGCCUUCGGUGGUGGCCAGGGUCUACCAGGUCUAGAAGGAGGUGUUGCUGGUUCCAACUUUCAACAUCAGAUUCUACCUGGAGGACAGGAUAGUCUAGAUCUUCUUGGAUUCUCCCAUCAGUUGGAGCACUCUGUGUUAGCUGACAAGCAGAAGAUUGGGAAGAAGAAACAACUAAACCAUCAAUCUACUCCUCCAUCCGUCAUUGAUCCCAACUAUGCCGCCGGAAAUCUCGGGCGUGGAUAUCCUGCUGGAUAUGCUGCUCCGCCGGCUGCUGGUGUUCCUGUCGUUGACCUGGACUCCGAGACGGAUAGUAACCACGACACCGCCCUAACCCUGGCAUGUGCCGGAGGUCAUGAAGAGCUAGUGACCCUGCUCCUGUCCCGUGGCGCGGAUAACGAGCACCGUGAUAAAAAGGGAUUUACGCCACUAAUCCUCGCUGCUACUGCAGGCCAUGAUAAGGUUGUGGAAAUCCUAUUUAAUCACGGAGCGGAUAUAGAGGCGCAGUCAGAAAGAACCAAGGAUACCCCACUGUCCCUAGCCUGUAGUGGGGGUAGGUACGAGGUCGUGGAGAUCCUGCUAUCUAGGGGUGCAAAUAAAGAACACAGGAAUGUUUCUGAUUACACCCCUCUCUCUCUGGCCGCUAGUGGAGGAUACACCAAUAUUAUCAAGCUUCUGCUAGUACAUGGAGCUGAGAUCAACUCCCGGACCGGAUCCAAGCUUGGUAUCUCACCUCUCAUGCUCGCCGCCAUGAACGGGCACACCGCUGCUGUGAAACUAUUGCUGGAUAUGGGUUCCGACAUAAAUGCUCAGAUUGAGACAAACCGGAAUACAGCCCUUACUCUUGCCUGCUUCCAGGGUAGGCAUGAGGUUGUCUCCCUUCUCCUAGAUCGCAAGGCGAACGUUGAACAUAGAGCUAAGACAGGAUUAACUCCGCUGAUGGAGGCUGCUAGUGGAGGAUAUACUGAGGUGGGACGUGUACUCUUGGAUAAGGGUGCAGAUGUGAAUGCUGCUCCAGUACCAUCCUCUCGUGAUACCGCUCUUACAAUUGCUGCUGACAAAGGACAUUAUAGAUUUGUAGAGCUACUGUUGUCCCGAGGUGCCCAGGUAGAUGUGAGGAAUAAAAAAGGAAACUCAUCCCUCUGGCUGGCUGCUAAUGGAGGACAUCUUGAUGUAGUCCAACUUCUCUACUCUGCCGGUGCGGAUAUAGACAGCCAGGACAACAGGAAGGUUUCCUGUCUAAUGGCUGCCUUUAGGAAAGGGCACAGUAAGGUGGUAAAGUGGUUGGUAAAGCAUGUUACACAGUUCCCCUCGGACACUGAGCUUACCAGAUUCAUUGCAACCAUCAAUGACAAGGAUCUGCUGAAGAAAACCCAACAAUGUUUAGAGAUUAUCAGGAUUGCCAAGGAGAGACAGGCUAGUGAAGCUAACAAAGCUGCAAACAUCCUACUUGAAGAAUUGGAGCAGGAGAAGACAAGAGAAGAAAGUAAGAAAGCUGCUGCAGCUCGUAAACGAGAAAAGAAGAAAAGGAAGAAAGCUGAGAAGAAAGGAACCAAGAUGGAUGACGAAGAUGAUGAGGAAGAGGAAAAGGAGGAUAUUAAAUUUGAAGUGGAGGUUGAGGAGGAGGAAGAGAAAAUACCCGAGAUUCUGGAAGAGGUUGUAAAUGAUCUUAACAGAGACUCGGGAAUCGAUGCCAACAGUCAGGGUAGUGGAACAAGCAUUGAAAAGGAGGAGAGAGGUAAAAAGAAGAAGAAAAGUAAGAAAACCAAGGAAAAGGAGAAGAAUGAAAAAAAUGAGAAGAAAAGUGAGGAGAAGGAAAAUAUUAUAAAUAAUGCGAACCGCGUGGAGGUUAAGGAGAAGACUCCGGAGGAUGAGGAGCGACCUGACAGUAGAAAUGAGAGGAAUAGUCAACCACGUGUUCCUUGCACAAUCGAGGGACACUCUGCUCCAGAGACCGAGAAGUCCAAAGAUGCUGGGUUCAGCGAACCUAUCAGGAAAGGCCGCAACAGGUUGAACAGGCAGAGUGAGGACGGAGAACCGAAGAUUCCAGUUAUUUCAACUGUAGCAAAGAAGGGAGUAGUUGGCAAGGUUCCAGUGCCUGAUGCUGGCUGGAAAGAGGUUGUCAGGAAAAGUAAGAAAGUUAGUGUUCCAUCCAAUGCUAUAAGCCGGGUGAUAGGACGAGGAGGUUCAAACAUUAAUGCUAUUAGAGAGCUUUCUGGAGCCCACAUAGAGGUAGAGAAACAGAGCAAGGGUCAAGGAGAUAGAACUAUACUAAUCAAGGGUAGUGCAGAUGCAACACGUCUUGCUAAUACUUGGAUUAGUGCUAUUAUCACCAGUCCAGACAAGGAUCUUCAAGAGAUUGUUGGAAAACAGCAUUAUAAACAGCUCAGCGCUGCUUGCCUUGCUAAGGGAGCCACAGUAUCUGUAACUACUAAAACUGUAGUUAAGACUGUAGUUACAACAACAACUGUAAGUAGAGCUAAAGGAGCAGAGAUUAAGAAACAAACUACGGUUGCUGCUAUUACAACGGCUACAAAGUUAACCCUUGCAUACACUGCUCCAGUAAUGACUUCCAAAACUAAACCAGUGACAAGCACCAGUUUUGCAGCAAUUGCCGGAGGCAGCGAUAAUUUAGGAAUGAUUCCUACAGGUCCUCCACCAGCAGCUGCCAUGAAACCCUCUUCAAUAGCAUCUGUAAAGCCUGCUGUUGCUGUAACAAGUGGGAAGCAGACUAAAAAGGGAGAAUUGAUCGCAGCUGCUGGGCCUCUAGAUCCUAAAGAUUUCAGUCCAUUCAGUCCUUUCAGCAUGGCUCAAGGAUUCGGUUGGGCGAGUGGAAAUGACAAGGGUCCCAAAGGAUUUGCCACAAAUGGAAAUCCAAGCAUUGCAUCUUCUCAGCCUGACGUAUCUAAAGCUCCUGGAUACAGAACAGUUGGACAGCCUGGAGUUAGUUCUCCCAAUAUCACAGCUGAAGCUUCCUGGUCAGGAUCUGGUCAUAUACCAUCCUCAACAUUGGGUUCAGUCUCCUCAGGGUUUAAAAACCAGGGUGGGGCAAAUGAUUCUUCUCAGUCUGGAUUGUAUCCUACUCAGGAACGCUGUAACUCAGCUCCUGGAACCCCUGUUUCUCCAAUGGUUCCGUCUCCUAUUGCUCCGCCUGUGGCCAAUAUUGGUUCCAAGGGUGGAGGUUCUCCAGGAAAUGAACAACAACCAUCCUGGUUCCGUCCUCCUGGUACUCUAGGAUCUAACCUGAGAUCUAUGACCCCGGAUGUAGAGCUGGACCGACGGUGGGGAGGACUAGAAGAUGUUGAUGUACCCCGAAGACAAGGAUCUGGAAGCUAUGGACACAAUAGUCCUGCUAAAGCACCUGGAGGUCACCUUCCUGACCUAAUGGGACGGAAUAUAAGCAAACCUGAACCCUUAUCAGGUAUAGCAGCUGAGAACCUGCUUAGCGCUGCGGCUCAGCUCUCCAAUCUGCACUCCAACAAUUACGACCUGAUGGCGACUGCUCCUGCAAGCAUGAAUAUGUCUGGGAUGCCAAUGUCUGAUCUUGCAUCCGGAUAUUCUCGUUUAGUUCCACCAGUGAUGUCAAGGUUUUCUGCUCCUCCGCUGACGAAUACUACCUAUAGUCAGCCCCAGGGAAUGUCUAUCCCCAACAAUCUACCAAAGGGAUUAAACCCCAAUGCCCCAGAUUUUAACCAAGGUGGGAUCUACAAUACCGGUUUACGAGCAAACCUUCCUCCCCGGGUUCCAAUGAUGAACGGUCCUCCUAAGAUCGGCAAUUCUCUCACUGGGUUUGGAAACCACUAUGGAGCUGGAAUUAACAACUUCCAGAGCAAUGUUCUCACACAUCAGGGAAUUAACGCCUAUUUAUCUCAGUUUGGUGGAAACCAGCCCAACCAUCUGGAUAUGAUCAAUUCAGGUUUGUCUGAUCUAACUCUGAGUGGUAAAACUCUUCUAGAGCUGACAGAUAUCUUAGGACCAGAAAGUCCUUAUCCUUCUAAUCUUGCUGAUCCUGAACCCAAGUUCAGUCGACCUAUCGGAGCAGAACGAAGAACCGGUCCUUCUCCUGCUCUUGGAAUGUCAACCAACAUGAGCAGAAAAGUAGAUCCCUACACUGUGUGGGAAUUUCCUCCAUCUUACAACGACAACAUCCACUCUAACGACGCGUUCUCUGGGCUGAUCCCGACACUAACCGGGCAGACCCUGUCCUCUCUAGAUAACCUAUCAAAGACAGGAUAUGAUGUAAUGAAUCACUUCAACGGUCAGGCCCAAAUGGAUCCAGGUUCUAUUGGUGGGCACACCCCCGUAUCAGGGUUCGGUAUGUCUCCUGCUCUCACUCCGAGCAAGCAGGAAUACUCUGACUGGGGAACUGGUUCCACCUCAGGUUCUGCUCCAGGAUCUGGAAACAAGAACUUGGCUCCAGGAGGGUUUGUGGACCGCGGAGACCCGGUCACUGUUCGAAGGAACAUUAACCAAAACCAGAUGUGGCCGAAAAACUGGGAGGAAUAAGAAGCUUGUUCAAACUUGAAGAUCAACUAAUCUUCUGAAGAUCGGUUCUCGUUUUCUAAUAGAAUUUUGGCAUCGUUUUUUUACAAGUAAUGAUCGAUGAGUCCUCCUGCUAAAUUUGUUUGACCCGAGAUCUGGUUCUAGUUUCUAAUCUGUGUCUUGAAUCUACGGUAACAGAUGUUUUAAUGAUCGAAAAUCGACGAGGACUUUCGACACCGUUCAUUCUUAAUCGGCUUGGUCCAGAUCAGAUCAUCGGAUAUCAAACACUAAGUCGUGGUAUAAAUUGAUCUUGUUUUAUAAAUAAUAUCCGUGAAACAAGAGUAUCUUAUGUAUUUUCAAGUUCCGAACCUUUUAAUCCUUAAACUUUCGGAAUAUUUUAAUGCCAGGUCAUUUUUUGUGUUAACUCUUAGCAUUGUUAUAUCGGAAUUGCUUUCCCCUACUACGGAUAUUGAAUAUAUAUUAUAUCAAAA